AUGGCGGACGACACGAGAACUACACAGGCCAAGCCAGCGGCUACCACUACGCCGCCUGCAGACGAGAUCGAGCUUGCACACACUUCCACCAAGAACGAUGCUCCAUCUGCUGUUGCGGUGAAGCAGCGGGGCCUCGAGCUGCCAGACAUCCUCAGGCACCUGUCUGAAGAGGAGCGCGCUGUGCUCGAGAAGAAGAUGCGACGUAAGAUCGACUUCCGUCUCUUGCCCAUGAUUGUCAUCAUGUACAUCCUCAACUACAUUGACCGGAACAACAUUGCUGCUGCACGGUACGCCGGGUUGGAGGAAGAUUUGAACAUGGACGAGGACGGCACCCAGUUCUCAACAGCAGUGAGCAUCCUCUUUGUCGGAUACAUUCUGAUGCAAGUUCCAUCAAAUUUGGUUCUGAACAAGAUCGGCAAACCUGCUAUUUAUUUGCCGGCCUCUAUGAUCCUAUGGGGCGUCAUAUCCGCAGCUACGGCCGGCUGCCACUCUGUGGGCGGUCUGUACGCGGCCCGUUUCUUUCUCGGUUUCGUUGAGGCGACCUAUUUUCCCGGAUGUCUGUACUACCUCAGCUGCUGGUACACUCGUCAAGAACUUGGUGUUCGGACCACCUACCUAUACGCAGGCUCGCUCAUAUCGGGUGCUUUCUCAGGGCUCAUCUCUGCUGGAAUCACGGGCAACAUGGAUGGUACCUUGGGACUCCGAGCAUGGCGUUGGCUUUUCCUGCUUGAAGGUGUUGUCACCAUCGCAGUGGCUUUCGCCGCGUUCUGGGUGCUGCCCAACUUUCCGCGCACAACGUCGUGGUUGUCUGAGGAAGAGGCUGCUCUGGCGACCUGGCGCCUUGAAGAGGAUAUCGGCGCAGAUGACUGGACGAACAGUGAGGAGCAAACCCUCUGGCUCGGUUUCCGGCUGGCUCUUCAAGAUGUGAAGAUGUGGGUGCUGCUUGCAAUCUUGUUCGGUAAUGUCUCUGCCGCAUCGGUCACGAACUUCUUUCCUACGGUUGUCGGGACCCUCGGCUACUCAAAGGUCGAAACACUCCUCUUGACAAGUCCGCCGUAUUGCCUUGGCGUGAUCACCACCUUUUUGAACGCCUGGCACGCGGACAAGACAGGCGAGCGCUUCUGGCACAUCACCCUGCCCCUGUGGCUGGCCGUUGUGACGUUCAUAAUCGCUGCGGCGACCACCAAUGUCGCGGCGAGGUACGCAGCAAUCAUGCUCAUGAUUUCGGGCCUUUAUUCUGGGUACACCACUGCCCUCGCAUGGAUCAGCAACACGCUGCCUCGUCCCCCAGCUAAGCGCGCAGCAGCGCUUGGCUUCAUCAACGCGAUCUCCAACUGCGCGUCCAUCUACGCAAGUUAUCUCUACCCGAAAUCGGCGGCGCCUAGAUACACGGGUGCAUUUGUGCAUAACUGCGUAAUGGCAGCGGCGGCGAUUGCGGCUGCGUUCACUUUGCGGACAAUGCUGGCCAGGCUGAACAAGAAGCUUGACAGGGGAGAGAGGGUGGAGGGCGCCAUCAAUGCGGCGCCUGGAGAGGCAGUCGAGCAUGGCUUCCGGUUCAAGCUCUAG